AUGGAUGGAUUUGAAGAUAGAGGUAGUAUUCAGGAGUCGUCCAAUCCUCAGGAUCUCAAGCAAUUCGGAGCGAAUUCGUCAGUUCCAGUUUUAUCUUCUAGUUGCAUGGCGCGAAUAAACCCCAUAACCGAGCUGGAUAGUUCAAUAACCCUCAGUUGCUUUCUUGGGUCUCAAACACCGAAAGAAGAUGCAGUAUUUGAUGCGUCACAAUAUGCAUUCUUUGGUAAGGAUGUUGUUGAAGAAGUUGAGUUGGGGGUAUUAGGAGAUGAAGAGGAUGAUCCUCCCCCAGUAGAUUUUGAAACGUUGGAUGAUGAAGAGUAUCACAUGGAUCGAGAAGAGGGUGAAGUAUUAGGGUCUUUAUCUGAAAUUGAUGAUCUUGCCAGCACAUUUUCAAAGUUGAACAAGGUUGUCAGUGGCCCAAGAAGUGCAGGAAUUAUUGGUGAUAGGGGAUCCAGAGGAAGUUCAUCUGCUUCUGAGUGGGCACAAGAGGCAGAUUUUCCUAAUUGGUUUGAUCAACAUGUGUUUGAAGCUGAAAGCACUCAGGAAAGCAAAAGAUGGUCAUCGCAGCCAUAUUCUACCUCUGCUCAUCUUAUGGAAUCAAAACCCUUGUACAGAACAUCUUCGUACCCCGAGAAGCAGCAACAACACCACCAGUAUCCACGCCAACUCCAACACUUCUCCAGCGAGCCAAUUCUUGUACCAAAAUCUUCUUUCACGUCUUAUCCUCCCCCUGGUGGCAGCUCUCAGCAAGCUUCACCGAACAACCAGUCGCACAAUUUUAAUAUUCCUUAUCAUCCUGGUGGACACCAGAUGCCUCUGUCGUCGCCCAACCUCUCUCCCUACAAUAAUCUUCAACGUCAGUUGAUUGCCUUACCUCAUGGCACACAAUUUGGUGGAAGUUUGCAUCAUCUUGCUCCUCCCGGUCUCUCAGUUAGUAAUCGGCUACAAAAUCAAUGGGGUAACCGGACCAGUCUAUUUCCAGAUCAUUCCAGCAUCCCAAACAAUCUGUUGCAACAGCAAUUAUCUCAUCAAAAUGGUUUAAUGCCCUCACAAUUGAUGCCACAACAGCAACACAGACUGCACCAUCCAUUUCAGCCAUCCUUUGGCCAUUUGUCAGGGCUGCAGCCUCACCUAUUGAGUCACCAUCUUUCUCCACUCCCUCAAAUGAUGAAUAACUUCGAUAUGCUUGGGUUGGCUGAUUUGAGAGAUCAUAGGCCGAAAUCCAUGCCAAAAGGGAGACAUGGCAUGCGCCAUAGUCAACAGGGCUCUGAUACCAGUAGCCAGAAGAGUGACAGUGGGGGGCUGCAGUUCCGAUCCAAGUAUAUGACAUCUGAUGAUAUUGAGAGUGUUCUCAGAAUGCAGCUUGCCGCUACACACGGCAAUGAUCCGUAUGUAGAUGAUUAUUACCAUCAGGCUUGUUUAGCCAAAAAAUCUGCCGGGGCAAAGUUGAAGCACCACUUCUACCCAACUCACCUGAAGGAUAGUCCAUCCCGAGCUCGUGCUAAUGCUAAGCAACAUGCUUUUCUCCAGAUUGAUGCUCUUGGGAGGGUUUCCUUUUCUUCAAUUCGUAGGCCACGCCCACUUCUUGAAGUUGACCCACCAAAUUCAUCUGGUGCUGGCGGCACCGAACAAAGAGUGUCUGAGAAGCCUUUGGAAAAGGAGCCUAUGCUUGCAGCUAGAGUAACUAUUGAGGAUGGCCUCUGUCUUCUUCUUGAUGUUGAUGAUAUUGACCGGUUCCUAAAAUUCAAUCAGCUCCAAGAUGUUAGUGUCCAGAUGAAACGGAGAAGGCAAGUCCUGCUAGAAGGCCUGGCAGAAUCACUUCAAUUAGUUGAUCCACUUAGCAAAAAUGGCCAAACAGUGAAUUUGGUUCCCAAGGAUGAUCUUGUAUUCCUAAGGCUGGUCUCUCUUCCCAAGGGCCGAAAGCUUCUGUCUAGGUACCUUCAGCUUCUCUUUCCAGGUGGUGAACUCAUCCGAAUUGUCUGCAUGGCCAUUUUCCGUCAUUUAAGAUUUUUGUUUGGGGGCCUCCCUGCUGACCCUGGGGCAGCAGAAACAACUACCAACCUUGUGAGGACCGUUUCAUCUUGUGUUGGUGGCAUGGAACUUAAGGCACUUGCUGCUUGUCUUGCUUCGGUGGUCUGCUCAGCAGAGAAUCCUCCGCUCCGUCCCCUUGGAAGCCGUGCUGGAGAUGGGGCUUCAAUUAUUCUUAAAUCUGUUCUCGAGAGGGCAACUGAACUCUUAAGAGAUCCUCAUGCUGCUGGCAACUGUAGCAUGCCUAAUCGGACCUUUUGGCAGGCCUCGUUUGAUGCAUUCUUUGGUCUUCUUACAAAAUACUGCUUUAACAAAUAUGAUAGUAUUAUUCAAUCAUUGCUCACGCAGGCCCCACCAGACGCGGCUGUCAUUGGGUUAGACUCAGCAAAAUCUAUCAGUAAGGAAAUGCCAGUUGAACUUUUGCGGGCAAGUCUGCCUCACACUAGUGAAAACCAGAGAAAGCUGCUAUUGGAUUUUGGGCAGCGCUCUAUGUCUGUAUCUGGAUUUAACAGCCAUGACGGGGAAAGUGGUGGUGGUGCAUAAAGUUUGACUUGGUUCUGUAAUAUCGUAAAGCCACGAAUGAACUGGUUCGUGAAGAAUGUGACAUGUUAUGGGUGAGCAACAUUGUGAAGAGCAUGUUUUUGUCAUCUUCCAUACUGCCUUUUAUUGGGAAAAAAGUUGUUGAAGUGCAUGGAGUUGAAGCACGAUGGCAUAAAGGACGCAAAUAUCAACCCUAAAAGUAAGUUUUACAUGUUUAGUUGCACCUUAUCGCUGUGAUGCCACUUUGAAGAACUUUAAUUUUUAAGUUGGCUAGCUGUGUAUUGCAGUGGAAAUUAACCCCCUCUCCCCCUUUUUUUCUUUUAUUUUGACUAGACAUCUUAUGUUGAUGCGCUGUUGUGCAAUUCCUGAUAGUAACAAGGAACUUAGAGGUUAGAAAUGUACAGUGUUGGACCAGAAGCUUCCCCAUGUUCCCAUACUGUUAUAUUUUGAGGAAGUGGGAAGGUAUUUGUAUGUUUGUGUCUGGCAGGUUGAUGCUGUUCUUCUUCGAUGAUGUGGUAAUUGGGAUAGCGCAAAUGUUGGUAGUAGGUUUUUGAGAUUGAGUGGUGGAUCAUGGUUGGUAAUCUUCCUCCACCGCCUCCUUGUUGGACACGUGUAGUAGUGGCGCAUUGCAUUUUUGUCUAUCUAGUCUCUUGAAACUGGAUUGCCAUGUUAGAGGUUUCAUCAUAAAAAAAGUAAAUCUCUUUCAGGUUAUCAUGUGAAGGAACGAUUUUUUAGCCAAUUCAUGUACCUUGGGAUAUAUGAAGCCGUGUAUUGUUUCCAUUUCAUGUAUUUUGGGGAGUGGGAUUGGAUGGACGAUGCCUUGCCAACUUGGGGGCGUUGUCUAUAUUGCUUGUCGUCCCAACUUGGGGUUGCUAUUUAUAUUGCUUGGGGUAAAUUACAUCUACCCUUGAGAUAAGGCGGACUGUAAUGUUGUAGUUUAGGUCUUUGAA